AUGGCCGUGGUGGUUGUCCCCGCCGCCGUCGCGGCCGUGGUCGUCCUCCUCUCGGUCUCGGCCUCGCCGCCCGCCGCGGCUCAGCCGUGGCAGUACUGCGGUAGCAGCGCCCGGUACUCGCCCAACAGCACGUACCAGGUCAACCUCGAGGCUGUGUCCGCCGCGCUGCCCCGCAACGCGUCGUCCUCGCCGGCGCUCUUCGCCACAGCGGCCGCCGGCGGCGACGACCGCGUCUUCGCGCUGACGCUGUGCCGGGGCGACGCCGACGCGUCGGGGUGCCUGGACUGCGUCGUGGACGCGUUCCGCCACGCGCGGGGUUCCUGCCCGCUCGACAAGGAGGUGGCCGUGCUCUACGACGCCUGCUUCCUCUACUUCUCCGGCCAGGACUUCCUCGCCACCACGACCAACGUCGGCCAGAUCAGCCUCUACAACACGCCGCAGAACGCCAGCGCCGACCCCCGCGCCGACGCCCUGUUCACGGCGCGGGUGCGCGCGCUGCUCAACGGCACGGCGCGGUGGGCGGCGUACGGGUCCACCAGGAGGUUCGCGACGGCGCGGAUUUGGAACGGCAGCGUCGCGGCGCCCGUGCCCACGAUGUACGCGUUGGCGCAGUGCACGCCGGACCUGUCGCCCGCCGACUGCUGGGGCUGCCUGGAGGACCUGGUCGGCAAGGCGCCGUUGGCCAGCGGGACGAUCGGCGCGCGGACAGCCGGCGUGCGCUGCAGCUACCGGUACGAGAACUACGCCUUCUUCCGUGGCGUGCCCAUGCUCAACAUGGGGACGCCGCCGCCGCCGCCGCCAUCCACUCAACCAACGGCCGGCCGACGCUCAGGAAAAAGGAAGAAGCAGUGGAUUGUAUACAUAAUUGUCCCUAUUGUAGGGAUUUUCUUAUGCAUAUUUUGCUUUGGAUGGAUAAGAUAUCUGAGAAAAGGGAGGUUGAAGUUGCAAGAACAACCCAUGGCAAAUUUGACCAGAGUCGACGAUGUAUCAUCGCUUUGGACAAUUCAAGAUACGGAUUCAGAGUUCACAAUGUUCGAUUUCCGUCAAAUACUUGAGUCUACCGACAACUUCUGUAAUGAAAACAAACUUGGACAAGGGGGCUUUGGCGCUGUAUACAAGGGUCAAUUACCGAAUGGGCUUGAAAUAGCAGUUAAGAGACUAGCUUCACAAUCUGGUCAAGGGUCUGUGGAGUUUAAGAAUGAAAUCCAUCUUAUCGCUAAACUACAACAUACCAAUCUAGUUCGACUACUUGGAUGCUGUGUUCAAGGGGAAGAGCUCAUAUUGAUAUACGAAUACAUGCAAAACAAGAGUCUGGAUUUCUUCAUCUUUGAUCUAACAAGAGCAAGAUUACUUACUUGGGCCAAACGUCUUAAUAUAAUUGAGGGGAUAGCACAAGGUCUUCUAUAUCUUCAUAAGCUCUCCCGACUGCGCAUCAUACAUAGGGACCUGAAAGCAAGCAAUAUUCUCUUGGACAGUGACAUGAAUCCCAAGAUCUCUGAUUUUGGGCUAGCAAAAGUAUUUAGCUCAAAUGCUAUUCAAGGAAAUACGAAUAGAGUAGUGGGGACAUAUGGCUAUAUGGCUCCUGAGUAUGCUUCGGAUGGUGUCUUCUCUGUCAAAACUGAUGUCUUUAGCUUCGGUGUGUUACUUCUUGAGAUUAUUAGUGGGAAGAGAAAUGCUGGUUUUCACCAGCAAGGAGAUUUCUUCAACCUGCUUGGCUAUGCAUGGAAGCUAUGGAAGGAGGGCAGAUGGUUUGAGCUUCUUGACAAAUCAUUAGCAGAUCACCACGACCAAGAUCAAGCACUGGAGAUACUGAAAUGCAUCAAUAUUGCCUUGAUGUGUGUCCAGGAGAAUGGAGCUGAUCGCCCUACCAUGUCCGACGUAGUUGCAAUGCUAUCUAUGGAGACCAUGUCGAGCCUGCCAUGCCCAAAGCAGCCGGCCUACUUCAACUUGAGCUCGGCGGAUGGAGAGCUAUCAACUACUGCACCUAGCAGUGUAAAUGUUGUUAGUGUUUGCAUUUCAGAGGGUAGAUAG